AUGGCAACAGUGUGGUUUCUGUUUGCGGUGCUCUGCAUUGCAACUGCAGCUGUCGUUCCCAAAGCGGAGGAAGCCGAUGUGGCAUUGAGGCAGAUAGAGGAGGAGCUGAAACAGAAGGAGGGGGUCUUGAAGGAGGUAGUGAUGGCGGCAGCACCUUCUGAGAAAGCCAUGAAGGAAGUAGGAGGAUCACUGCAAGUCCUGGGCGCACACCUGGCCUCCAUCCACAACCCGGCAGAUAACCGCUUCCUCAAGCAGCUGGUCACGCUGGGGGGCCAGAAUGACGUGUGGAUAGGAUCCUACUUCUUACAGACCCGCUGGAGGUGGAUUGAUGGAACUGGAAUGUACUACCAAGACUUUCUCACCACCCCCUCCAGCACUAGCUACGCCUGCACCUGCCUCAGAUCAAGUGGCUGGGCCAAAGCGAGCUGUAGCUCCAAUAUGAGAUUUAUCUGCAGUACGUCACCUGGCAGCUGUUAGCUAGCACACUGACAUGUUAGCGAGCACGCUGACAUGCUAACCAGCCCAGACACCUGGGCUCUGGACAACCGUGCAUAAAUCCUGACCUUUGUCCUCUUCCUAUAUCUGGCUUCAGAUCCUGUACUCCAAUGAAAAAAUUAGGCGAGAAUGAAAAUAUUGUUUAAAAUCUCUAUUGAGUUUUGAACUAAAUAAUCUAUCACUGUGCUUUGAUCCUGUAAUAAAUCAAGUUCUACUGAA